UUUUUUUUUGGGGUUAGACGUCCACUUCUCAUAUCCUUUAAAAAAAAGUCAUUUAUCAUUUUACCUAUAAAAAUCGUGUAUGUGAAAUUCAGUGGAGUUUUAUUUGUAGAAAGAAAUUUACAAUUUGUUUUGUUUGAAUCGAACGCCAAUUUUAGCUAUUCGUAAAAAUGUCUCCAAUGAACAAUGUCUAAACGUAAUCAAGUUCAAUUUUCACGACCUGAAGAUCCGAAGUUUUUAAAAUUGAUCAAAGAGCAAAUUGGCUAUAAAAACGAACCAAGCGUUGACACAAAGCGUCAAAAGUUGAAUCAAGAAUUUGAUGAUAGUUCUGACAGUGACGACGAACAGCCCCAAAUUGUGAUCGUGAAAAGUGGUGAUUUAAGUGCUGAACAAGUUGAAGCUGAAAAAAGGCGGAUUGAAAGUGAAAAUUUAAAGAAACCAGCCGACCUAUCGCAACGAGUCAUCUUUAAGGCGAAAACAUCAAAAGCCGAGAAAAGGUCUGCCACUGAAGAAGAGAACUCAGGUGCAGGGAAAAAAGAUAAAUCAAAGAAAAGCGUCAAAGCACCAUCGAAACUAUCGUUUGAUCUGGAAGACGAGAAUUACGAUAGCGACUAACAGUUCACAACUUCUGCGUAGCUAAUCAAACGAAAUUUUAAGUUUCCAACAAAUUCAAUCGAAACAAAAGGCCACAACAUGGGCGAAGUAGGAACAAAUUCACCCGACAGUCCAAGUAUUAACAUCAAAAUGAACGGUGUCAAUGGAACAUACGACGACGAACAAAUGGAAAUUGAUGAUUCACAAAAUGAUUCCCAGGAAUCGAGUGAAAUAUCCACAAAACAAUCCGAAGCUAGUGACAUUUCAGCGGAUGUACGGGACGCUGAUGUGCAUGUAAAGCCAACAUUAGAACCGAUACAUGAAUGUAACACACAAGAGGAAUGCGACGAUGAGUCCGGUGAUAAAAGUGAAUCUGAAAGUAAGAAAGAUGCGGAUGACAGAUGCAAUUCGAAAGCCGUACCGGCGAAUGGCGACAGUAUGCCGGAGAAGUCAAUGGAUAUAACACGUGAAGAUGACGGUAGCACUAUGGACUCUGAACUUCCAUCCGAAGACAAUGAUAACGCGUCCGAUGAGGCUCCGAUCGAGGGAAGAGUGGUCGAUGAGAACAUUGACGACAUAAUGGAGCACGAAGACGACGAGGAUGUUGAUGACGAGGACGAUGUUACCGUAGAUGAAAAGAAUCCAUUGGAAGAUUCGGAUGCAGCCGAAAAAGAGAAUCAGGUAACGAAUGGUGGCGGUAGUAUUGAUGAAGAAGUCGAACAUGUCCCCAUUGUCGAUGAAGUGCACGCGAUAUCCGAUUCCGAUGAUGAUGAUGAGGAACAAGACAACCGGCAGCGAAAAGAUAAUGAUUCGCCGAUGGAAGUGGAUGGAAAGUCAAACGGUCAUAACAGUAAGGCCGACGACGACAAGCCUGUGAGCAUUCAUUCGGAUUCGGACGACGAUCAACAAGAUAAGGGCACGAAGAACGGCAUCGGCCCAACAGAACAAUCCAGCGACAAUGAAGACUGUGUGGUCAUCGAAGAUGACAACAAAAAGGAUGAUGAAACCGGACCACGUCGAAGUUCGAGAGCACGCAAAAGUAUACUGAACGUUCGCGACUUUGCUUCGUUCGAUGAUGUGGAGGAGGUGAAUCAAGAUCCAUUGUCACAAAGUGUUGCCAAGAAACCGAAAAUUGCAGCACCACCAUCACUGGGCAUAACGAUCCAGGAUGCCAGAAGUCUGGCACCAGAUCCCCUCAGUACAAUCGGUACAUCGUUUCAGCAGCAAUUUAUCCAAGCUCAAGGCAACACCAACGCCAAAAAGGAACCGACAUUGGUUAUUAUCGACACAAAUCAAAUUAUGGCUAGAGGAGGUGUGCAGCAGGCAGCAGCAACAGCAGCUGCUGUACAAUCGCUUCAGUCACAAAACUUCUCCGUUCAUCCCGUUGGUGUGCCAGCUCAAGGAGUCUAUCCAACAAAUUCGCGUGCCUCAAUCACACCGAUCGUACAAAAAAGUCCUCCGAAACCAACAACCGCUCCUUUACUGCUACCAGCUCUGACCGACGAUAUGUUUGUGCUGGAAGCACCAUCGUUCAUAGUUCCCUACAUAUACGAAAAGCCACCUAGUGAUAAUCUGAGAGAUAUUAUCGACAAGGUCGGAAAAGAAUUGGCUGAACAAAGAAAACGGGAAGAAGAGGCUGAGGAGAAAGAAGCCAAAGACAAUGAAGUAAAAGUCAAGGAUGAAUCGGCCGUGGACGCCGUUUCGAAUGCUGACGACACCAGUGCAGCAACGACUACAGAAGACAAGAAAAAGAAGAAGAAACGCGUAAAAAAGAGCGGUGAUGAGUCGUGGGACGAGUCGGAAUCGGAAUCGACCGACGAUGAGCUGUCCGACGAUGAGACCCAGCGAACAAAAGUGUUAAUCAAAGCCGUUGAUGAGGACUUGGAAUCAAUUAAGACACACAUCAUAACGCCAGAUGCCGUCAAAGAUGCCGCACCGCCUGCGACCGGCGUGAAAAAGGACAACUAUUUCGAAAGUCCGUUGGGCAAAUUCUUCAUGGACAUUGGCAUCAAUUUGGUUCAGGAGCAUGUGCAAACGGAUUUGCUGCGACAGCAAAAGAAGAAAUUGACACGUAGCGGCGAGGCAGCACCACCAAGCGUACAAAUGGCAAUAAAUUCGUUGAAAAAGAAUUUGGAAUUGAGCAAAGUGAAAAAUGAAAUGUUCAAAUUCGAAACGAAACGUUGCGAAUAUUGUAGCUUUAAAUCCGAAUCGGCUCUGGCGAUGGCUCAUCAUUACGAAACGCCUCACAUGAACCAGCACAUGUACCGGUGUAACUUUUGUACAUUUGAAACGCGGCCACCAUACGACAUUCUAUUUCACAUGGAGGCGGUGCACAAUAUCAAGGCUAGGCUAGAAAAGGCAAUUUCUUAUCAUCAAUGUCCCAAUUGUCCGUUCGAAGACAAUGGACGCUCGAAGUUGGCCCGACAUUCAAUGGUUUGUGUGAAAAAAUUCAUACCCGAAGAGAAUCUGAAGCCACAGCUGGAUUGGGAACCGCCUGCGAAAAUUCCACGCAUAAAGCCAAGACACGGACUGGUUGGCACAGCCACGGCUUAUCAGGCGAUGGCUGCGCAAGCACAACGAGCAGCUAGUGGUGCUGCAAUGCAACGUCAAAAUGCCGUCAAUGCAGCUAUGAUGCGUGGCCGUGGACGACCACAAACUGUUACUAAACCAUCGCCAGCUGGGAAUGUGCUCAGAACUAAUCAACAACCGCUUCGACCGCAAAUACCCGGUAUGGUUUUGCCAAACAAUUUCCAAUUGGGUGCAGCUGGUCAGUACAUUCAGAUUUCAGGAGCAGGUGUGGCAAUGGUGCCAAAUGCUCUCAAUGCUUACAUCAACCAGCAACCCGGUCCCAAGUCGUCUAAGCAACAGCAGCCAAGCAUAUCAAUAACACCGCUCCCAAGGCAACCAGCAUCGGCCCUAUCAUCGUUUCAACUACAAGCAGCUGCUGCACAACUGGCCAAACCAUCGGCAACCACUGGAAUCAAACCCGGCCAAUCGUCUUCUGGCGGUGGUAAGGCCUCAUUCGUUAUUUGUGAAAUAUGCGACGGAUACAUCAAGGAUUUGGAUCAACUGAGGAACCAUAUGCAAUGGAUGCACAAAGUUAAGAUUCACCCGAAAAUGAUAUACAAUCGCCCGCCACUCAAUUGCCAGAAAUGCCAAUUUAGAUUUUUCACCGAUCAAGGCUUGGAAAGACAUCUGCUUGGUUCGCACGGAUUGGUCACUAGCUCAAUGCAAGAAGCCGCUAAUAAAGGAAAAGAUGCCGGUCGCUGUCCUGUAUGUGGCAGGAUGUAUCAAUGGAAACUUCUCAAUCACGUGUCGCGCGACCACAAUAUGACGUUAAAACCUGCCCAUCUAUCGUACAAGUGUACCGUUUGUACCGCCACAUUCGGUAUGUACAAACAAUUCGAAAAUCACGUCUAUUCGGCGCACAGUACCGUGGCAAAGAAGGCAAUGGACAACAAAAAAGCACCCGGACCCGGCAGCAGUAAAUCGGGCGAUUCCUUGUUGAAGCCGCUAAAAAUCAACGAUGAGAUUACAAUUAUUCCACAACCAGCAUCCAGGCACUCACAGAAAAACAUGGACAUUGAGAGCCACGUUAUUGAUUAAAGACUUUCGAUUCCAAAUCCAGCUACACACAACAUUAAAUAUGGAUUUUAUAUAGAAAAAUGUUAUGAAUUACGGACCCAGAUUGAACGACGGAUAAAAUAUGAAAUGGAUUCAACUAAGCAAAACGGAUGGAAGAGGAAAAACAUUCACAUUGAAAUGAACGUUGUAUGAGGACGCGUUUGUGAAGGCGAAACAUAAAUUAAUUUAUUUAGUACACACACACACACAACCAAUAAAACUUGUAAACAAUCUGAGAGAAAACAUCAACAACAACAA